AUGGCUACGACAUCCGCUUCCAGUUUGUCAUCGAAAAAUCCACCGCUGCGCAAUCUACAAACAAAGGUGAAGGCGUUGAUGGAGAUGUUUAAAUCAAUAACCAUUUUUGCAAGCACUCUGGGGGAAGUUACUUCAGCUCAACAAAUCCAGGUUAGGCUGGAGAAACUGGACGAUUUAUGGGAUCGGAUCAACGACGCGCUGAUCGAGGUUGAGAUGCACGAAGAGUACUCGUCGAAAGAAGCAACAUGUUCCAAUAUACGGCAGGAUUUCACCACGAAGUACUACAACGCCAAGGCAUCUAUGUUGGAACGCAUCAAGGAACUGGAAGGAGGUGUCAGUGUUCUACAUUCCACCCGUAUGAUGGACUCGUCAAUUCAACCAACCAUCGAGCAUGUCAGGCUACCGCAAAUCAAGUUGCAAACGUUCGACGGUGACAUCGACCAGUGGCUGAGCUUCCGAGACCUGUACUUAUCCCUGAUCCAUACCAAGACGGACUUACCGGAGGUUGAAAAGUUCCACUACCUGAAGGGCUGUCUCACCGGCGAAGCGCGGGCUCUCAUCGAUCCGUUGGCACUUACGAGGGCGAACUAUCCAGUAGCCUGGGACAUCCUAAUGGCCAGGUACAACGACAGCAAGGUGUUGAAGCGCAGGCAGGUUGGAAACCUAUUCAAACUACCCAAGGUGGCUAAGGAGUCGGCCGUCGAUAUUCAGGCACUACUGGAAGGUUUCGAACGCGUCGUGAAAACCCUGGACCAAUUGGUAAAACCGGAAGAAUAUAAGGACCUGUUGUUGCUGGAAAUGUUGUGCUCCAGACUGGAUCCAAUUACACGUCGUGCAUGGGAAGAGCACAGUGCUCAUCAGGACCAGGACAAGGUGGUAGAUUUAACCCAAUUUCUCCAAACCCGCGUGAAAAUCUUGGCAUCGCUUCCACCUAAGGCUCACGAUAACAAGCAGGAAGGUUUUCAAUGGCCGAAGAAACCCAACGUAACCAGAACAAGUCACAGCGCAGCACAGAUGAUGGCCGGAAGUUGCAUUGCUUGUCCGGAAUCCCAUUUGUUGUACACCUGCCCUACGUUCCUGAAGUUGAGUGCUUCCGCUCGAGACAAGCUGCUGCGACAAAAUUCUCUCUGCAGAAACUGUUUUCGGCGUGGUCAUCAAGCUUCGGACUGCAGAUCGAACCAGGUUUGUCGCAAAUGCAAAGGAAAACACCAUACGCUAGUCUGCUUUCGCGUCGACAGUGCAGGAAACAACUAUACACGUCCAUCGCAACCUUUGGCAUCUGCUGCCAACAGUAAUCAAUCCGCUUCAGCAACCACCUCAGCCGUCAACUUAGGAUCCGUUUCAUCGAACAUGGCAAGGAAUCAUUCCUCAACCGUUCUGUUAGCUACAGCUGUCGUCUUAGUGGAAGACGAUGCAGGCAAGGUGUUCCAGGCAAGGGCUUUAUUGGACUCAGGCUCCGAAUGCAACUUCAUGACAGAAGGGCUCUGUCAACUUAUGAAGGUGUCUCGAAAACGGUCGAACAUUUCUGUUCUUGGAAUCGGUCAAUCAAAUACCACGGUCAAGCAUCAGGUGUCAGCGGUCGUACGGUCAAGAACAUCGGACUUUUCUCGGCCGAUGGAUUUCUUAAUAUUACCCAAGGUUACCGCGGAUCUACCGACAACAAACGUGACGGUUUCUGCGUGGAAAUUCCCGCAGGGCGUGGAACUAGCAGAUCCAGCGUUUUUCAAAUCAACAUCAUUGGAUGUGGUGCUAGGAAUACAGCACUUCUUUUCAUUUUUCCCGAGUCAGACCAAGAUUCCGUUGGGCGAAGGUUUACCCAUGCUGAUUGAGUCAGUGUUUGGCUGGUUGGUGACAGGUUCGGUAGAAAGUCAAGCUUCUUCGUCGCGCAUCAUCUGUAAUACGGCCUCCAAGGUGGAUCUGGAUGAACUUCUUACUCGUUUUUGGUCUUGUGAGGAGAUAGGGUCUCCGAACAAUUAUUCCCCGGAAGAGCAACGCUGCGAGGCGCAGUUUGCUCUAACCAAGUACAGAAGUUCUACUGGGCGAUACACCGUUGCACUACCGAAGGACGAAAAGAUAUUGGCAACCAUUGGCGAGUCGCGGGAGAUGGCUUUCCGUCGACUUCAGUCCCUGGAACGUAGACUGGAAAAGGAACCAGAGCUACGUCAACACUACCACGGUUUUAUGGCAGAAUACCUGGAGCUCGGGCACAUGCGUAGGGCGAAUGUGGGUCCCGAGAAACGUGUUUAUCUUCCUCAUCACCCGGUCAUAAAGCAGGCAAGCACAACAACCAAGGUGCGCGUUGUGUUUGAUGCAUCAUCCAAAAGCAGUAGCGGUAUAUCCUUGAACGACGCCUUAUUGGUUGGACCCGUAAUCCAGGACGAGCUUCGAGCUCUCAUCAUGCGUUGUCGGAUGAAACGAGUCAUGAUUAUAGCGGACAUAGAGAAGAUGUUUCGAAAGAUUGGUAUAUGCGAAGCUGAUAUGCCCCUGCAAAGCAUCCUUUGGAGAACGGAUACGAAGAAGGAGGUUGAAACCUACGAGUUGGCAACCGUGACGUAUGGCACGAAACCUGCGCCAUUUCUAGCGACCAGAACGUUGAAACAGCUGGCGAGCGAUGAGUACAAUCGAUUCCCAAACGCAUCUAAGGCAUUGGUAGAUGACGUCUACAUGGACGAUGUUAUCACAGGCACCGAUACCGAGAGUGAUGCAAUAAAAUUGUGCGCAGAUCUUAUCAAAUUGGCAGACAGUGGUGGUUUCCGUCUUAGGAAGUUCGCAUCCAACUCAGCAGCAGCUUUAAGAGAGGUGAAAAUCGAGGAUCUUGCUCUCCCGCAAACCAAUGAGAUCAAUUUGGAUCCUGAUCCAUCGGUGAAAACAUUAGGACUGGUCUGGCAGCCACAUAAGGACUAUUUUCGCUUCAACUUCACCAUUGAACAAAUUGCGGCAAAGGAAAGGUUGUCUAAACGGAAAAUCCUAUCAGCUAUCGCUAUGCUAUUCGACCCCCUCGGUCUCGUAGGAGCAGUUACAACGAGUGCAAAAAUCUUCAUGCAGCGUUUAUGGCGGCUGCAGGAAGACGGGAAAACCCUCGGUUGGGAUCAUCCAGUUCCGAUUGAAGUAGAGGAAGAAUGGCGAAGUUUCCAUGGACAGUUAUCAAUACUGAAUAACCUGAAAAUCCAGCGAUGUGCAGUUUUACCAGAGGCGGUCAAUAUGGAGCUGCAUUUCUUCUCGGAUGCGUCCGAGCGUGCGUAUGGAGCGUGCGCUUACGUCAAGAGUAUCGACAAACAUGGAAGGUCUGUCGUAUGUUUGCUAGCAGCAAAAUCAAAGGUAGCACCGUUAAAAUCCCAAUCCAUUCCGAGGCUAGAGCUGUGUGGAGCGUUUUUGUCGGCGGAAUUAUCUGUUAAGGUACGCGAAGCUUUGAAAUUGGAGAUCGACAUGCAUUUCUGGACAGAUUCUACGUGUGUUCUUCAAUGGUUGAAGGCAAUUCCUGCGACGUGGUCCACUUUCGUAGCUAACCGUGUUGCGAAAAUACAAACGAUUACGGAAAACUGUACUUGGAGACAUGUUCCUGGCUUGCAAAAUCCAGCAGACCUUAUCUCACGAGGUAUGGACCCAAAUCAGAUAGAGGGAUGCAGUCUUUGGUGGAAGGGCCCUGAAUGGUUAGGGCAAAAUCAUUAUCCGGAGCAGCCAGGCACCUUGGAGUCUCAAAUAGCAGAAGAGGAAAUUCGUCGUACCGCACAUCCAACCACCAGUCGAGUAUCAGACUUCAGUGAAGACUAUGUUCGAAGGUUUUCGUCAUAUACCAAACUAAUACGCAGUACCGCUUAUUGGAUGCGGCUCAUGCGUAUUCUCAAGAAAUCUGAAGAGAACUGCAAAAAUUUACUAACCGUCGAAGAAUUGGAACAAGCAGAAUUUUCUAUCAUCCGCUGCAUCCAGCAAGAAUCGUUUCCUGCUGAGUGGAAGGCGUUAAUGAAAAACGAAAACGUACAUCGAAGUUCACCACUUAGAUGGUUUACCCCACGAAUAUCAUCAGAAGGACUAAUUCGCGUGGGAGGCAGAUUAGGAAGAUCCAUGGAAUCGGAAAAUACGAAGCACCCAAUUGUGCUACCAGCUAAACAUCCGUUUACUAAGAUGUUAUUCGAGUACUAUCACAUCAAGCUACUUCAUGCUGGUUCUCAACUACUGCUAAGCACAGUGAGACUGAAGUAUUGGCCACUUGGUGGCAGAAAUGUUCCACGACAGGUUGUGCAUAGUUGCAUGAAAUGCUUUCGAGCGAAACCCAGCCCUAUUGAGCAGUUUAUGGGAGAACUACCUCAAGCACGUGUCACCGUAGCUCGGGCAUUUCUAAGGACAGGCGUCGACUAUUUUGGUCCAGUACACAUUCGGCCAGCUCCAAGAAAACCAGCGGUUAAGGCAUACGUGUCAGUCUUCAUUUGUCUGUGUACGAAGGCUGUACAUCUAGAACUCGUGUCCGAUUUAUCCACAGAACGUUUUCUCCAAGCUUUACGACGAUUCACCGGUAGAAGAGGAUACUGUUCAGACAUCUAUUCAGACAAUGGGACAAACUUUGUCGGAGCCCGAAAUUAUCUGCGAGAGAUCCUCAAACUGCUGCGCAACGAUCACCACAAGGAAGCAGUUUCGAAGGAGUGUGCGAACAACAAUAUCCAAUGGCACUUUAUACCCCCAGGAGCACCUCACUUCGGAGGACUCUGGGAAGCAGCAGUCAGAUCAGCCAAAAAACAUCUUUUGAAGGUUCUAGGAGAGAACGCGGUUUCAUUUGAGGACAUGACUACGCUUCUGGUGCAAGUAGAAAACUGCCUCAACUCCAGACCAAUUACAGCGUUAACGGAUGAUCCUGACAAUCUUGAGCCUCUAACACCGGGACAUUUUCUUAUUGGGGAACCCCUACAACAAAUACCGGAGAGAGAUGUUCGCGAUGUACCCUUGAACAGGUUGAACAACAAUCAAACGUUGCUGAAAAGAAUCCAACACUUUUGGGAUCGUUGGAGAGUUGAAUACCUGACGCAACUUCAAGGGCGAUUCAAAAGAUGGAAGACACCAAUUGAAAUCAAGAUCGGUCAGCUAGUUGUCAUCAAGGAUGAUAACUUACCACCAAGUCGUUGGAAGAUGGGACGAGUAGAUCGAGUUUUUCCAGGACCUGAUGGAGUCGUAAGGGUCGUUACUUUGAAGACUGCAACAGGACUAUCCACGCGUCCAGUCGAAAAGCUUUGUGUUUUACCAGCGUCGUCUCAACCAGAUUACAAGCUGCCUAGUUUCUCGGAGGAAGAUCAGUAG